AUGAAACCAUCAGCUGCUGCAGCAGGCUCCCGUCUGCUCCGGAACUUUCUCUACUUCCUUGCAUUUUUUUCUCUCCUCGCAUUCUACUCGCGCACCAUUUCUUCUCGAGACCCAGGCUCCGUAUUUUUUAAGCCUUGGACUGCAUAUGAUGCCUCUUAUUCUUCAGUGAGAGCGCACGAGGCGGAUUCUUAUAUUGAGUCUGUGAACAAUGCCACAGUGCGGUCUACGCCAAAGGCCUCCUCACAGCCCGGAUUAUGCGUUGGUAUUGCAUCUAUCGCCCGAAAUGGUGUACGAUAUUUCAAAACUGCCGUAGGAACAGUCCUGGAAGGUUUAAGUGAAGAAGAGCGCGCCGACAUCCAUCUUAUAUUGUUCAUUGCACACACGGAUCCCUCUCAGCAUCCAGCAUACUCAGAGCCUUGGCUUCAUAAACUGCCGGACCAAGUGUUGCUAUACGACCCCGCAGAAGUAGAUAUUGAUCACAUUCGAUCCCUCGAGACAGACACGGCGAAAGUUUCCGGGCGUGAAAAGGCUCUCUUUGAUUACACAUAUCUGCUGAAAGCAUGUGAGGCAGUCAAUACCCCGUAUACUGUCAUGCUCGAGGACGAUGUCUUUGCUCUGGAUGGAUGGUACCAUCGUACGCUAAAAGCUUUGGCGUCUGCAGAGAAGCAGACCAAGGAGAUCGGAGCAUCGAACUGGCUCUAUCUCCGUCUCUUUUACACCGAAGAACUGCUCGGCUGGAACUCAGAAGAAUGGCCAACCUAUCUUUUCUACUCGAUCCUUACUGUCCUAUUGGUCGCUUGUACUUGCUUAGGCGUCAGACGAUACGAGCCUCGAUUAGCAUCGCACCUCUCCAACGAAACCAUCCUCCUCCUCAGCGGCGUCUGCGCACCUCUCCUCAUCGGGCUUUUCUUUGCUACCGGUCGCGCCACAAUGAUGCCGAUACCAGACGGUGUUCAUCAAAUGCCCCAGUUUGGCUGCUGCUCGCAAGCCUUUGUCUUUCCACGCUCGCGGAUCCCAGACCUUACCGAACUAUACGAAAGAAAGCGCCUGGGGUAUGUCGAUAUGCUUACGGAGGAAUUUGCAAAUGAGAACGGGGAGAUCCGAUGGGCAGUCACUCCUGUCGUGAUGCAGCAUGCUGGGAGAAGAAGCUCCAAGGGAAUGAAUAAUGAUCCAUAUACACCACUCAAGCAUAAAAAUAAGGCCGAGUUGACAGAGGUUGAGAAGCUCUGGAACUUCAGGUUUGAGACACAGGAUGCGGAGACAUUGCGAGAGGAACAUGUCCUUGUCAAUGACCACGUUCUUGGUUAUUGA